AGUCACAUAUGAGACUUUAUUCUCCCAAUCUUCAUUUCUCCAUCAUGGUGGCUUGUUUUGAGGUAAAAAAUUGUAAAGGUCCAGAAGUUUGAGCUUUCGUUCCAUUUUGGGAAUUUUCUUUUGAUGCCUCUUUUUCAUCAGGAUCUAUACUUCAGUAUUAUUCACAUCAUUAUAAACUGCCUUUGGUGUUUCUAACCCUCCUUGACUGCCCAUAGGCAUGAAUUUGAAAAGGAAGCUGUAAUAAUUGAACUCACUAAAGAAAAAUCAAUACAAAUCUUAAUUUUCCUCAACCGGUCGGUCGCUUUGCUCCCUGUGUCUCUGCCAGCCCCCUGAUCUCCCCUCACUUCAAGGCUGAGUUUGCCAUCCGCCACAAGACACAGGCUGGGUUUCAUAGAGAGACUUUUCUCCCUUGUCUUUUGACCGCCCUGCCAUUUCUGACAGGAUUUUCCUCAUUUUUGAGGCCUCCUCCUGGGAAUCCCUAGAGACCCUUCAGAGAAGCUGCUCUUCAGGAAAGGGAUUUUUGAGUCUCCACAGAGAUUUUCUCAAUCUUCACAAGAUCACAGACGGUUCUUAAGAGGUUAAAAAGAGGGAAAAUCUAGAAACUGACGCCUGCUGGAGAGGCCACUUCCUUUCUAGAUAGGCAACGUUAGAGGGAAGGUUUCCUUCAAGUUUAAUGCCCAUCAUCCCAGACCCGCAUGGAACAUGACGUCCUGCGCCUUUGUAGGGUCUUCAUGCAAUGCUCACAGGAUCCUCCAGGGGGUUCCCUGGAAAACCGGUGCAGCUCCCCCCCUUACAGGAGAACUGAGCAUGCGCGGGCUGCAUGCUUCCCGAGGCAUUUUCCAGCAGCGAUUUGAAAGCUUCUCCGCUUUUUCUACGGUUUCCGAUUCUGCUCCCCGCCCUCCCUCCCUCGCUGUGAGCCUUUCUAGCGAAGGGAAGAGGCUGCAGGGAAUUCUUGCACCGUCCGAGACCCAGACGCAAUUAAGCUGGAAUUUUUUUCUGGUUCUUCUGGAAUCUUAAGUAUCUUGUCUGGGAAGAGAGCUGAAUGGCCUUGGAAAAUUUGGCCAGACCUCUUGCGAACAGAAAGACCUGUGGAGAUCCAUGGGUCCAUUUUGGAGCUUUAUUAGAGACCAGAGAGAAGAUGGAGGGACAACACCCAGCAGAUGCAGAAGUUAGAAAAGUCCCUCCAGCUGCUCAGCCUUGGAGCUGUGGGAAGAAUGGGGCAAGUCCUGGGCAGAAGAGCCACGAAGAGGCAUCCAACAGUUCAGAGGCCCAAUGCUGUCACUUCACAAAAGUGCAGUUUCAGGAGGGAGCCGUCCCCGAGAUGUUUGCACUCAGCUUCACUACCUUUGUCGUCAGUGGCUGCAACCAGAAAAACACACCAAGGCUCAGAUGCUGGACCUGGUGCUCCUGGAACAAUUCCUGGCUGUCCUUCCCCCAGAGGUGGCAAGAUGGGUGCAGGAGUGUGGAGCAGAGACCAGUUCCCAGGCGGUGUCCCUGGCUGAAGGCUUCUUGCUGACUCAGGAGGAGGAAAACAUGCAGGAAGAGUUGCAGAAAUACGUGGAAACUAUGACUGAGUAUUCUAACGAGGGGAAAGAUUCAUUCAAAGCUUCUCAAGAGCUGCUCUUCAUGGAGAAUUUACAGAAAGAUCAAAAUCAAGAUGCUAUGCAAGAGAGUAGACAGCUGUCCUUGGACUUUUUAGAAUCACCUCUUUGUGCUGGAGCUGAAGGAUUAGCUGAACCACCACUUCAGAUAAGGAGAAGAAACAUGGAAAAGGAUGUUGUUUCUUUUGAGGAAGUGGCCAUGUAUUUCUCGGAGGAAGAGUGGUCUCAACUGGAUGCUGAUCAAAGAGAGCUCUACAGAGAAGUCAUGCUGGAGAAUUCCAGGAAUCUCCUUUUUCUGGGCUUUAAUGGGCAAGAAAAUAAGAAUUGCAAGGAGGAAAGCCAAGCGAUCCAUUUGAAAGAGUGGAAAAGGAAAUUUGUAGAUCAGACGCAACCAAAAAGGGAUGAAACACAUCAAUCACAAAGUGGAAUUAAAAAAAGUCUUCCUCAGGUCAGCUGGCUUCUUAACCAUACAGUGAUCGAUAAGGAGGAAGUACCAUAUAAAUUCAUGGAGUGUGGAAAGAGGUUCAAUAAAUCCAAUAAUCUCAUUUCUCAUAAAAAGACACAUUCAGAAGAGAAACGAUUUACCUGCAUGGAGUGUGGAAAGACCUUCUCUUAUAAUCACUAUUUUAUAAGACAUCAAAGGAUCCACACAGGAGAACGACCUUAUAAAUGCAUGGAGUGUGGAAAGACAUUUACUCGUAAUACUCAUCUUAAUACCCACAAGCUGAUCCACACAGGAGAGAGGCCAUAUCAAUGCAUGGAGUGUGGAAAGACAUUUACUCGUAACACUCAUCUUAAUAUCCACAAGCAGAUCCACACAGGAGAGAAACUGUAUCAAUGCAGGGAAUGUGAUGAGACCUUCUGUUAUUAUGAGGCUCUUAGAAGACAUGUAUGGAUCCACACAGGAGAAAGACCUUAUAAAUGCAUGGAGUGUGGAAAAACCUUUACUUGUAGCAGUAGUCUGAAAUCCCACAAUUUGAUCCAUACAGGAGAGAAGCCAUAUCAUUGCAUGGAGUGUGGAAAGGGUUUUAGGAAGAGUGGUAAUCUUAAUACCCACAAGAGGAUCCACACAGGAGAGAAACCGUAUCAAUGCAUGGAGUGUGGAGAGACCUUCUGUUAUCAUUAUUCUUUUAAAACCCAUAAAAGGAAUCACAGGAGAAACACCUUAUAAAUGAAUGGAGUGUGAAAAGACCUUUACUUAUAGCAGUAGUCUUAAUUCCCAGAAGAGGAUCCAUACAGGGCAGAAACCAUAUCAAUAAAAGAAGUGUGGGUAGAACUCCCAAGAGAAAUCCAGGUAGUCCCCACGUAAUGACUGCAAUUGAGCCCAAAAUUUUUGUUGCUAAGCGAGAGACUUACUGUGUUUUGCCCCAUAUUACAAGUUUUCUUGCCACAUUUGUUAACUGAAUCACUGUAAUUGUUAAGUUAGUAACACUGUUGUGAAAUGAAUCUGGCUUCCCCAUUGGUUUUGCUUGUCAGAAGCUCACAAAAGAUGAUCACAUGAUCCAGGAAUUCUGCAGCUGUCAUGAAUCAGUUGCCAUGCAUCUGAGAUUGGGUCAGGUGACCAUCGGGAUGUUGUUCAUAAGUGCGAAUAAAGUUCAGAAAUCAUGUU